AUGGGGAUCUUGAUUCUGGUAACCUGCCCGAAAAUAAUCCCCCAAGAUUCUAAUCAAUUUUAUAUACUCGUGUCGGAUUUACCCAACCCUAAGUAUGAUUUAGGAAAGCUCCGUCGCGCCAUCAUCCUCCCUCACCGCCGCCUGCAACUGCACCUCCGUGAGCCGCCGUCGCCGCUGCACUCCUCCGCGAGCCCUCCUCCUCCGGCGAUACACCCAGCAGCAGCGCGCCUGAGAUUCCCCGAGUCCAGCAGUGACGUCUUCUUCCUGUUUGUGCGCACCACCAUCCCUAUCGUGCGAUUAACUCCAGCCCUUCGAUCGCCCGUCGUCCCCUCAGUUCAUCGCCGGGACCAUCUGUGCGGGAUUCCUCUGUCCGGGCAAGGAUUCUUCCAGCGAGCAGCACUCCGUUCGCGUGUCGCAGGGAAGGCUCGAGCACCUCUUUUCCCGAUCAGUAGUGGCGUCAUUUGCACAGACGACUCCCGACCAGCCUGA